AAUGAAAAUUCGCCGCGUCAUCAACUGUCGGAAGUAGUAUAGUUUAAGCUCCAUUGCAAGAAAAAGCGAAUACCCAAUAAUAUUUCCCCCUAAUUUUAGCAAAUUUCUUUUUUAUUUUCUUUUUUAAGCUCACAAUGGCGAAUUCCAUGCUCCCAAUCAAAAAAAUACCCCAAAUUUGCUUAGUUUUUGUGUUAAUUUCUUCCCUUUUUGAUUUCUUGGGAAGAAAGUUUGAAAACCCUAAUCUCCUCCUCGAUUUGGCCCUCGCCGGCCAAAUUUCUCGAUCAAGAUGUUUAAUCUUAUGACGGAAUCAUUUGAGAGGAUACGAGGGCGGUAUGCUGGAGAGAGCGAUAGUGAAUCCGUUAGCGGAUCCUUUCGUGGAUCCAUUAGUGGAUCUGUGCGCGCUAGGGAUAUGGAUGGCUUUUUCAAGCAGGUGGCAGAAGUGGAGAAGGAGAUUGAGAAGGUAAACAAACAACUGGACAAGCUUCAGGCUGCAAAAGAAGAAACCAAACAGGCAACAAUGUCCUCGGCCAUGAAAGCAAUUAAGCAACGGAUGGAGCAGGAUAUCGAGGAAGUUUCAAAAAUCGCUCUUAAAAUUAAAGCAAGCCUCGAAGCACUUGACAGGGAUAAUAUUGCCAACAGGAAGAAACCAGGAUGUGAGAAAGGGACGGGUGUUGAUAGGUCUAGAGCAUUAAUGACUGCGGCACUGAGGAAGAGGUUAAAAGAGAGAAUGUCUGAGUUUCAGAUUUUGAGACAAAAUAUCCAGGACGAGUAUCGUGAGGUAGUAGAGAGAAGAGUUUUCACAGUAACGGGAACACAUCCUGACGAAGAAACAAUAGAUCACUUGAUUGAGACUGGAAACAGUGAAAAGAUCUUUGCUAAUGCAAUUGGUCGAGGACAGAUUGUGGAUACAGUGGCAGAGAUUCAAGAGCGACGAAGUACCGUCCUUGAGCUAGAGAAGAAGCUUCUUGAACUUCAGCAAAUGUUCAUGGAUAUGGCAGUGGUCGUUGAUGCACAAGGAGAGAUGUUGGAUGAUAUUGAAACACAGGUGACCAGCUCAGUCGAUCAUGUUCAGACGGCAGCGGUACAACUACAACAAGCGAAGAAGAUUCAGAAGAACACGAGAAAAUGGACCUGCUGCGCCAUAAUCCUCUUGCUUGUCAUCUUAAUCAUUGUCCUUAUUCCUCUUUUGAAAAAGAGUUCGAAAGAUUCUUAGCCAGGAGAUGCCAAAGGAGCAUGGAAACCAAUGCAUUAUGCUGUUAUUCUCUCUCUAUUUGUGUUGAAACAUUCUUCACACUUCAUCUGUGUCAUAUACUAAUGAUGUAACAUUAACCACUCUAUUAUAAUCUGUACAUCUUCUUUUCCAUCAUCUGCUGUUAUUUUCUUCUUCUUUA